AUGGCGAAGUCGUUCGUCGCGAUUAAUAGCUCCACAAACAGUUCAUGGCUUCUCCUGGUUUCAUUCUUUCUCAUUGUGGCCACGUCUCUAAGACAAUCAGAAGCGGCCGUGUAUAACGUGCUGAGCUAUGGAGCGAAGCCGGACGGGAGGUCCGACUCGACCCAAGCGUUCCAAAGAGCGUGGUCGUCGGCCUGCACGUCGGCCGCGCCGGCCACUGUCUACGUCCCGCAGGGCAACUUCGUGCUGGGCCCGGUGGUGUUCACCGGGCCAUGCAAGAGUAGGAUCUUGUUUCAGAUCGCAGGGACCCUGGUAGCGCCAUCAAAUUACUGGAGUUUGGGGAAUUCUGGGUAUUGGAUAUUGUUCAUUAAGGUGACAAGGGUUCAGGUUUAUGGAGGGACUCUCAAUGCACAAGGUUCUGGUUACUGGGCUUGCAGGAGCUCUGGCAAGAGUUGCCCCGUGGGAGCUAUGUCGAUAUCGUUCCAAUGGUCGAGUGAUGUCGUGAUCAGUGGCAUAACCUCCAUGAACAGCCAAAUGUUUCACAUCGCGAUCGCCAACAGCGCGAAUGUGCUUAUCCGGAACGUGAAGAUAAGAGCGCCGGCACAAAGCCCCAAUACCGAUGGCAUCCAUAUCAGUUCUUCCACUGGAGUAACCGUUGUCUCCUCCUCCAUCAUGACCGGCGACGACUGCAUCUCCAUCGGUCCAGGCUCCAAGAACGUCUGGAUCAAGCGUAUUGUCUGUGGCCCCGGGCAUGGCAUCAGUGUUGGAAGUCUGGGAGUGAAUGCGAAUGAAGAUGGAGUUGAGAAUGUGACAGUAACAGGUGCAGUUUUCACAGGAACUCAGAAUGGAGUGAGGAUCAAAUCAUGGGCAAGGCCAAGCAAUGGAUUUGCUAGAACCAUUUCUUUCAGGAACAUCCUCAUGAAAAAUGUGUUCAACCCCAUCAUCAUAGAUCAAAAUUACUGUCCCAGCACAAAUUGCCCUAAUCAGAAUUCAGGAGUGAAGAUUAGCCGAGUUACGUACAAGAACAUCAAAGGAACAUCGGCCACACAGGUUGCGAUGAAUUUCACUUGCAGCCCGACGAAUCCAUGCUGGGGCAUUGCAUUACAGAACAUAGAACUCACGUAUCUUACUAAACAAGCCACUUCUUCCUGUAAGAAUGCUGGAGGCAGCAGCAGUGGAAUUGUUGUACCGAGAAGUUGUUUCUGA